GUUUUUCGGACAUCUAUUGAGUACAGAUUAGCGCUUAUAUUAUCACUAGACGUACAUUUCGUUAUCGUGCUGCAAGGAACAGCAGGGAGGCAGCCUUCGGUUGCCGGUCAAAGUGUCAUACGGUUUGACUUUGACGAUGGAAAAUCAAGCCCAACUGGUUAGCGACCUUCGUGAAAAAUUUCUUCAAAAACUCGACGAGGAAGGUCCACCAGAUCCCAGUGGCUUUCAUCCAGCAGACAUAGCUAGAAUAAAAAAUCAGGAUGAUUGGCUAAGACGUUUCUUGGAGCAUAAUGAUUUUCGACUGGAAGAUUCUCUCAAAAUGUUGUGGGAGACUUGCGAAUGGAGGAAAAAGUUUGGCACAAAUGAUAUCACACUGGAAAAUCUUAGAAGAGAUUAUUUGGAAGACGGAGUUUGUUUCAGUUAUGGGCAAGAUAAGGACGGAAGAAAGCUUUUUAUAGUGAAAUCUAAAUUACAUGUGAAAGGUUCGAGAGAAUUUCCGGAACUACAGAGGUGCAUAGUAUAUUGGUUCGAGAGAUUAGAAAGAGAAGGGAACGGAAACCAAAUUUCUUUAUUUUUCGAUAUGGCAGAAGCGGGUCUUUCGAACAUGGAUAUGGAAUUCACUAAAUACCUAAUCGGUCUUUUCAAGAACUACUAUCCAAACUAUCUGAAUCUAAUUAUUAUCUUCGAAAUGCCUUGGGUUCUGAAUGCAGCAUUUAAAAUCAUAAAGUCGUGGCUGCCUGCCAAGGCAAUUCCAAAGAUUAAGUUUGUUAACAAAUCAAAUCUGAAAGAAUACGUCGAUCCUAAUAUUGCAUUAAAAUCCUGGGGAGGGAAAAGUGAAUACACUUUCACAUUUGUGCCCGAAGAACAGAUUAACUUAAACACAAGCAAUGGAAAAGUCGACAACAAUAAGAAGGUACACUUUGCUGAAAACUCUCCCAUGUCGGAACAACCGUCGAGUACUUUUGGUGAUCAGCAAAAAAACGAAGAAUCUAUGCUUGCCAUUGAACCAGAAUUAUUGGUAUUUAGGAAAGAAGGAAAUGAAGUUAUGGGAACGAUCAGUUUGAAAAAUAUUACAUCAGAUAAAUGUCUGUCUUACAAGAUAAAAACAACGUCACCAGAAAAAUUCCGAGUGCGACCAAGCACAGGAAUUCUAAUGCCUUCGCAGCAGUGUGUGGUCACUGUUGUUCUACAACCUGGUUUCAGUUUACGAGGACUCUUGCAAAAUGACAGAUUUCUCGUCAUGUGUCUUCCGAUGACAGAUGCAAAAAUGUCACCUCAAGAAUUAACCGAUUUCUGGAAGAGCGUAGGAAAAGGAGCAGAAGAACACCGACUAGUUUGUCGUGAAGGCAGCCUCGACAACAUUGAAAUCUUAAAAUCGAGCGCUAGUUACUCUAGUAUGUCAAGUGGAGUAGCUAAUGAUCGUUCCCUCGAGGGACUUUUUUCGAAGAUUAGUCGAUUAGAAGACCGCCAUAAUAAGUUAUAUAAUGAGAUAUUAGCCCUAAAGCGUAUGCUUUUGGUAUCUGUAAUUCUAAUAGUGUUGCUAUCAAUAUGCAUAUGUUAUAUUUUGAGAAUCGACAUUAGAAAUAGUCUCGAACAAGAAAGUCAUGGAAUGUAUGACUGCGACGUGCAGGACAUACAUAACUAGGAUUUAUCCCAUUUAGUUUAAUCUAUGAACACAGAUUAGCUUUUUAUGGUCCAGUGAUGCGAUCUAGGAGAAAAAUCUAUAACUUCUAGAAAAUGGUUUUUGUUUCAAACUUUUUUUUUUGCGGGUUUGAAAUGUCUAGAGUUUUGAAGGCAUUCCUUGUUAUUUUGUAUACAGACUAGUUAAAAAAUGUAUUUUUCAUGGCUCUGUGGUCAAUUUGUAUCCUAUUAAAUUUCAAACAUCUGCCUAUUAUACAAACAUGAAAAUAUGAAUGCCAGUAACUAAGUAUAUACGUAUAAUUGCGCUAUAUCCAUAUUGAAUAUAUUUUUCUACGAUUAAUAUUUCUCUGAUAUUUAUUGUACUGUACUCUCGUCUUAAUUGUAUUCAAGUUUUUGAACUAUAUUGUUUUUUACUCGAUCAACUAAAAAAAAUCGUAUUUGUAGGCCAUGGGAAAAUUUGGGAGUCAUAUUUAUUUUGAUUCAUCUAAAAGGAUGAGUAGUGAUAACCAAAUUAGAAUAAUAUCUUUAAAAGCCUAGGUGUAUAUUGUGAAUUUUAAAUCUUGGUGAUGGAUUUUUUGUAAUAUUUAAAAGUUUUUUCGCUUCUACUAGGCGAAUUUGGAUCAGUGAACAUUAUUUAUAAAAAAUUACCUAUACCAAAAAGGGCACUUUUAUAUAUCUUUUUAUUAAAUUGAAAUCAUAUCCAAAUAGGCAUAUUGAUGCAAUAAUAAUUUAAAUCUUUUUUGAUAGUCUUUCUACUGAUACUACUGAAUUAAAAAGUCAUAAAACUAAAAAAUAUCCAAUAACAAAAAUGCCCAAAUACACAUAAGAAAUGUUAGGUAAAUUGUAAGGACUAGAUUUUUCUAUUAAAGUAGCAUUUUCGUCAUAAAAUUUCAAAAAUUAUUAUUUAC